CACCGCAAACCCCGGAAACAGAAAGUGAUCAGUCAUUCGCCCUAACCUAAAAAUUGUAUAAAGUUCGCAAUUUUUGGUUUUGUACUUUAAUCUUAGAAGCUUUUUCAAUCAUAAAAUGACACUUUUCGAUUCUGGUGAGACUAGAAAUCUGCCCGACUAUGUCCAAGGACCAAGGCAACAGCGAUUUAACCCCUAUUCAGACAAUGGAGGGAGUGUCUUGGCUAUUGGAGGAGACGACUUUUGCAUCAUUGGAGCUGACACCCGUCUCAGUAGUGGAUUUCAGAUUAAUACCAGGAGCCAACAGAAGCUGUUCCAAUUAUCAGAAAAAACAAUUUUGGGUUGUGCAGGAUGUUGGUGCGACACCUUGAGUCUCACCAGAGUUUUAGCAGCACGUAUGCAGAUGUAUAAGCACGAACAUCUGAAAGAUAUCUCGACACCUGCUGCGGCCCAGAUGCUCUCUACGAUGUUGUACUAUAAAAGAUUUUUCCCGUACUACAUUAGCAACAUUUUGGCUGGUUUAGACGAAGAGGGAAAAGGCUGUGUUUACAGCUACGAUCCGAUAGGUCACAUGGAAAGGGCUAAUUUCCGAGCUGGAGGUUCUGCAGGCGCUCUUCUACAGCCGCUUUUGGACAAUCAGAUCGGUUAUGGAAAUCAAGAAAAUGUAGACAAAAUACCAUUGACAGUCGAGAAGGCGUUGAAGAUUUUGAAGGAUGUGUUCAUCGCUGCUGCUGAACGUGAUAUCUACACUGGGGAUAGCAUUGUCAUUAAAAUUAUUACAAAAGAUGGUCUUAAAACUGAGACAUUCGAUUUAAGGAGAGAUUAAUUUUCAAGUUUACUGUAUUGCGGAAUUAUUGAAUACAAUGCUUUAUAUCGAA